AUUGGUACGCAGGAUAUGAGCAGCUUGUCAAGCGCAACCUGACUCUGCUCCCUGAUCAAGAAGCAGUGCAGCAGCAGGAGCCACAAUCGCAAGAGCUGGCUCAGCCGCAGCAGACUGACAUAAUGACGUCCAUGUUCGAGCAACAGAUUAAAAGCGAGCCCAUGGGCUUUUAUUCUGUUGCUUCGAGCCGUUCGGAUGGUUCAAAUUCUAUGGUGAACCUUUCGGAUGACAGAGAGGACCUCUCUCAGCAGGAUAGCCCUACGAUACAAUUGACUCAACAAGGUCAACAACAAACUCAACAAAGUCAACAACAACCGCAGCAAGCCCAACAGCAGCAAAGUCAAAGCGUGCAACAAGAAACACCGAGUCGUCAGUCGACAGGUCAGCAAACUGUUAAAGAGGGUUCACGAUCAAGACCACAACCGUGUAAAGUAUGCGGCAAGGUGCUAUCUUCUGCUUCAUCGUAUUAUGUACAUAUGAAACUCCACUCGGGCAACAAACCAUAUCAUUGUACAGUGUGCGAAGCAAGUUUCUGUCGUAAGCCAUACUUGGAAGUGCACAUGAGGACGCACACAGGGGAACGACCUUUCCAGUGCGAGCUGUGUUUGAAAAGGUUCACUCAGAAGAGCAGUCUUAAUACUCACAAGAGGGUGCACACAGGUGAAAGACCGUACGCCUGCGACAUAUGUCAAAAACGUUUCGCAGUGAAGAGCUAUGUGACCGCACACCGUUGGAGCCACGUCGCCGAGAAGCCGUUGGUGUGCGACAGAUGUUCUCUAACGUUCACGUCCAAGAGUCAAUUCGCAAUUCACAUCCGUACCCAUACCGCGAGCACCACGUACGAGUGUAACAUUUGCGGGCGUACGUUUGUACGCGACAGUUAUCUUAUACGGCAUCAAAAUAGAGUACAUCGUGAUAUGAAUCAAAGCAAUACGAAUCACAAUCCACCGACACCGCAGAGCACCGGUGGCGGUACACCGGGGACAGGCUUCGAGAGCCCGGUUUGUGAUUUACGCUACAGCGAGGGACCCUCUUCGUUGGACGGUUUAGCGGGUUCGAAGGGAGGCAUCGCAGCAGAGAUCGCAAGUUUAGCGAAACAGAACAAUCUUCAACUUCCUCUACCGCUGCUACAUCCGCAGACAACCAACUAGUGUUUAGACAGCAGUAUGUCCGAGUCCCUACCGCAACACCAGUCACCGCAGCAAGUAGUAUGUCCCACCACGGCGUCUUCGCCAUUCAUACUUAAUUCACCCGAGUCUCACGAGCACACAUCAUCGCAGAGUGUCUACCAAACGACAGGCUCAUCCAGCUCGUUGGAUAGCCUCGGCUCCCAACUCUACCCGCAAAUAUCAUCAUCCCCUGUAAAUUCAUCGGAGUCGCAUCAUCAUUCGCAUCAACCGAAUC